AUGGGCCAAGAAGUCGAGGGAGACUCCGUCGGCGACGAGUUCAAGGGUUACGUUUUCAAGAUCACUGGUGGUAACGACAAGCAAGGUUUCCCCAUGAAGCAAGGUGUUCUCCACCCCACUCGUGUCCGUCUCCUCCUCUCCAAGGGUCACUCUUGUUACCGUCCCCGUCGUACUGGUGAGAGAAAGAGAAAGUCUGUCAGAGGUUGCAUUGUCGGCUCCGACUUGGCUGUCCUCUCUCUCGUCAUUGUCAAGCAAGGUGAGCAAGACAUCGAGGGUUUGACCGACGUUUCCGUCCCCAAGAGACUUGGCCCCAAGAGAGCCAACCACAUUAGAAAGUUCUUUGGUCUCACCAAGGAGGACGAUGUCCGUAAGUUCGUCAUCCGUCGUGAGGUCACCAAGGGCGACAAGACCUACACCAAGGCUCCCAAGAUCCAACGUCUCGUCACUCCUCAAACUCUUCAACGUAAGAGACACCUCAGAGCCCUCAAGCUCAAGAACGCCCAAGCCCAAAAGGACGCUGCUGCCGACUACGCCCAAUUGUUGGCCAAGCGUGUGCAUGAGAAGAAGGCCGAGAAGGCUGAGAUCAGAAAGAGAAGAGCUUCUUCUCUCCGAACUGCUGCUUAA